CAAAAGUAUUGUCGCGAUUUAGGGUUCUUCAUUUGCAUCAUUUCUAUGGGGGGCACGGAGGCGUUUCCAAAUCUCGGCAAGCACUGCAGCCAUUCCUCGUGUGGGCAGCUCGAUUUCCUGCCCUUCAAAUGCGAUGCCUGCUCACAGGUGUUUUGCUUGGAUCAUCGAUCCUACACAGCUCACGAAUGCCCCAAGGCGGGCGCCAAGGACUCGACAGUGAUCGUUUGCCCCUUUUGUGCCUCGGGCGUCAAGACGGUGGCGGGCGAGGAUCCCAAUUCCACAAUCGAGAGACACCUCCAAACGUCUUGCGACCCAAGCAACUACGACCGCGUGAUGAAGAAACCAAAGUGCUCCGUGCGAGGAUGCAAAGAGGUUCUCACCUUCUCCAACAAGUUCCAUUGCAAGGUCUGUAGCAAGAACACCUGCAUGAAGCACAGGUUCCCGGCGGAUCACGCAUGCCAAGCUAUGAGCUCCAGUGUUGCCGGAAGGAAUGGUGGUGGUGGCGGUGACUUGGCUUCCAGGUUUUUGCAAGCUCUGUCGAUCAGGACAGGGAGUGAGUGUGGAACGAGCAGCAGCAACAGCCGCAGCAAGAGCUCCUCUUCAAAGUGGCCGAGAAUUUUCUAGUAGAGCCAAGAAAAAACUGUUGGGUAUAUUUGGAAUAUGUGUGAAUAUACUGGCCUAUUCUAUCAGAAAUUCAACUAGAUUAAUCUGGUGUUUAGAAUA